CCGUCGAAGUCGAUGGCAGAGUCGCGAGUCACUCCGUAGCAUGUAUGAACACUGCAGUCGCGUGCUUGUACUCAUAGCGAAUUGGAGUUUGUGACGUGCGUGUGUCAUUGCAUUUUCUUCGAAGAAGAACAUCUUUUCUUUAUAGCAUUGUUUCUUGUCAAAUUAACGUGCGUCUCUCUCUCUCUUUCUCUCCCUCUUUCUCUCUCUCUCUCUCUCUCAUCCCCUUUUCUCUUCCUUUCCCUCCGUCUGCCUCUAUCCUUUUCUGUUUGUCUAUCUGAUCGUCUGUCUGUCUCUCUUGAUCGUAUGUAACACGAUUCUCCGUCCUCUUUGAACAAUCGAAGACAGAAAUGCGCUUUUGAGACUAAAAAAAGAUGGAAAAGGGGAUAAAGACUCGAACGAAAAAGAAAGUAAAAGAAGCAGAGAGACAAUAAAAAAGGGAGGGAGAGAGAAAAAGAGAGAGAGAGAGAGAGAAUUGAAAGUGUAUGGAUGAUAAGAUGCGAGAGAGGGAGAGAAAGAGAGAGAGAGUAAGAGACGAAGAUGUUCGGACGGUGACGAAUGGUAAAGAGUGCAACGAAGACAGCAAUCAGUCGCGCUUUCGCGAGAGGCGAGGCUAAACAGACGUUGUUUGUGGAGAUUCGCGACUAUUUUCACUUUGCUUCUCUCUUCAGGGAUCUGAUAGCUACACAUUCGCGGUUUUUCUUGCGUUACCUUUACCUAUACGUACGGUGGUGCGGUAAAAGAAAAGAGCAAAGUGACGUGUUACACGUGUGUAAGUGCAUAUAUGAGUGCCAUCUGAGAGAUUUCGAGGAUCGGGGAAAAAUCCUGCCUAAGAUUUCUACGCUACGUACCUCCUGUUAUGUAUAUUUCGAGGCAGUAGCAGGCAACGACUUCAACUAUGAAGUUACAGCAAAUUUUCGCGCAUUUUAUCGCGUCAAGAUGCGAUAAAAAAAGGCUGUGAUUACUUAACUUUUUCAUCAAUAUAAAUCUCAAUCUUUUAAAUCGAUUGAUUAAUUUAGUAUCAAAUAUGAUAUGAAAUUAUUGAUUUCUUCCUUUGAAGAUUUUCCAACGAUCGAUAUAUCGAUACGAACUUUUCUUAUUCUUUAAUUGAAAGAAUUAAGGAUUGAAUUUGCAAUACGAUAAACUUUUAUUGAAAAAUAUGUUUCAUUGUUGAGAAACAACUACGAAGAGGAUAAACUAUAAUUAGGCAAAUUCAUAAAAUUGUAAACGGUAAAAAUAAAAAAAGCCCGAACAUUCGUCUAGAAAAAGGCAUUUAAUAUCACGGGACUGUAAAUAAGAUCCCCGUUACGGUGGCCAGUUUAGUAAGUGGCAACGUAGCAACACGAUAUAAUGAAGGGUCGGAGGUUAUUGUUACGGGGGAUGUCAUCCUGGCAGCCUCAUCCAGGUUAAAAGGAACAAUUAAUCCAUCAACCACGACGACGACGACGAUAGAAACGACAACAACCUCCAGCAUGGAUACCAGUGGCGAUUCGAGUCUCGACGCUAAUGGCACCGCUGCUGCAAGCGUUGCUGCAAGCGUUGCCGCAAUCGCUUCCGUCGUCGGCGGCACCGCAUCCUUGACGGUUAAGGCCGAGAGACCCGAUCAUCUGGCGGGAACGUCAACGUCGCCCGCUGUGGCUGCUGGACCGAUCGGUACCGGAAGUGGCCUCUUCGCCGGUAUCGGCAAUAGCAAUAAGACGACCAGACCGGACGAUUGGCUGGCGACAAGCAGUCCAGAAUCACCGCAGAAUUCUCUGCAGAGUCAACACGUGGUCUAUACCGCCUCUCAGCAGCAAUUGUCAGAGCAACCUCCUGUAGCGCAUUCCAGUCCACAUCAACAAGUUAGCAAUAAUGGAUACGCGAGUCCUAUGAGCACAGGCAGUUACGAUCCAUAUAGUCCCAACGGUAAAAUAUGUAGGGACGAACUGUCUCAAUCAGGUUCAAUAAACGGUUAUGGAAAUAAUUCCGGGGGUGGUAAUUGUGGUGGAGGUGGUGGUGGCAAUGGAAGCGGUACUAAUGAAGGAUGUGAUGCAAAGAAAAGGAAAGGACCCACGCCACGGCAACAGGAAGAAUUGUGCCUUGUAUGCGGCGAUCGUGCGUCUGGUUAUCACUACAAUGCUCUAACGUGCGAGGGUUGCAAAGGAUUUUUCAGACGCAGUAUCACUAGAAACGCUGUAUACCAGUGCAAGUAUGGCAACGGCUGCGAAAUCGACAUGUAUAUGCGACGCAAGUGUCAGGAGUGCAGAUUAAAGAAAUGUUUGACGGUCGGUAUGAGACCAGAAUGCGUUGUGCCCGAGUAUCAAUGUGCGGUAAAGAGAAAGGAGAAGAAAGCACAGAAGGAAAAGGACAAACCAAACAGUACGACAAUGAAUGGUUCACCAGGUACCGCUGGAAUAGGUGAUCAGAUGGGCGUGAAAAUCGAGCCAGCAGAAACGGAAUCAUUGCCUGUGUCUGGAAGUAGUGGUAUUCUCACUUCUGUCAGCCCUUAUACCUGUGUCAAGCCUAUUAGCCCUGAACAAGAGGAACUAAUAAACAGGCUUGUGGCUUUCCAAUGUGAAUUUGAGCAACCAAGCGAAGAGGAUCUGAAAAGGAUUACGAAUCAACCACUGGAGGGCGAAGAUCCGAGUGACUACAGUUUCAGACACAUCACUGAAAUUACGAUUCUGACCGUGCAGUUGAUCGUUGAGUUCUCGAAGAGGUUACCUGGCUUUAAUGAGCUGUUGCGCGAAGAUCAGAUUACCCUGUUGAAAGCAUGUUCCAGUGAAGUGAUGAUGCUACGAAUGGCAAGAAAAUAUGAUGUAGAAACUGAUAGCAUCAUUUUUGCUAACAAUCAACCAUAUACGCGUGACAGCUACAAUGUCGCCGGAAUGGGAGAAACCAUCGAGGAUCUUUUACGAUUCUGCCGUCAAAUGUACGCCAUGAGAGUCAACAAUGCCGAGUACGCUUUACUCACCGCUAUCGUCAUUUUUUCAGAGAGACCCAAUCUGUUGGAAAGUAGAAAGGUGGAGAAGCUUCAAGAAAUCUAUUUGAAAACGCUGAAAGCGUACGUAGAUAAUCGUCGUCGGCCGAAGUCUGGUACGAUCUUCGCAAAGCUUCUGUCAGUUUUAACCGAACUUAGAACCCUUGGCAAUCAAAACAGUGAGAUGUGCUUGAACUUGAAAUUUAAGAACAAGAAGCUGCCAGUUUUCCUCGCCGAAAUCUGGGACGUGGUGCCCUAGUUUCCCAGUCGCCGAUUAACGGCAAUUGCGCCGAUCGGCUGGACAAAUUUUUUGACGUCGUAAUAGCAGCAGCAGCAGCAGCAGCAGCAGCAGCAGCAGCGGCAGCAGCAGCAGCAGCAGCAGCAGCAACAACGGCGUCGAUGGACGCAUGGACGUGGAAAACGGCCUGCGCGACUCUUGUACUAGUGCACCACUAUGCCACUGCCUCACCGUCGCAAGUCAACAUAUUGUAUCAGACGCUGUUCUAGAUUCAUUACGAUCAUUUGUUCUUUCUCGAUGAUCGACCACCUCUAGGUAUCAUCCUGGACUGAUCGAUCUUUAUAUAGUUUGUAAGGAUAAGUAUAAACAAGCCGGCCCUGCACCUUUCGCGUGAUUCAUAUGUGACGCAAAAGAAGUUGUAUUUUACAGAUCUGGAUAUAUGGAUGUGAAACUGUGAAAAAAAGAGAGAAAAGCGUCAAAGAUUUAUGAAAAUGAUAUAUGAGACAAAUGAUGAAUUCAUUUAAGAGCAACAUAUUAAUGAGGAUAUACACUAUCAAACUGAAAAAAAUAUAUCUGUGAUAAAAGAGUUGAUUCAUGUAGUACUAUAAAACAGAAUAAUCAAGGCUUUAUUUAUCAAAGAUUCAUAACAUCAAAUAAACGUUACGAUACGAUAUCGAAUCAGUAUGAUCCAUAGAAACUGAUCUUUGGAAAAAAAUCUAGCCAUUUAUUUAAUAAAAUCUAUAACUUUCAUAAUAUUCAUCUAUCAAAAAUAUUUUAAAUCGAACUGAUGUCCACUUUUAGCCACAACUAUAUCGGUACUUUCUCUUUCUCGUGAAAUCACAUAUUCUGUUCACGUAAAGCCACGCGAAUCAUGUAGGGUCGGCUUGAGAAAGAAGAAGAAGAAAAAGCCCUGCAUAUUGGAAACGUGCGGAAACAUGUGCAUUUCGAAUAGGAGAGGAAGCAUAAAAAAUAAUUAUACAUUGUUGUAAGAGAAAGGCAGUGGCGCGGCCCAGGCUGUGAUACAUAGAGAACGAGAGUACAGAGAAUGAAGAUAUAUAAAGAAAGCUACCUGCAAUUUACAUUUUAUCGCUAUGUCUCCUACCUGGAUACUUCCUUACAUACAAUCGAUAUGUAAAUGUAAUGUAUUAUAUGAUAUAAGAUAUAUUGAUAUGUCAGAUGAAUCACAUUUGUCAUUAAUGAGAAAGUGAAUAGUGACAAAUGCGCUUAAUAUAAGGGAGGGAAAAUAGAAGGAUAUAGUAACAGGGUGAGAAUAGGAGAAUCGUGAUAAUGACGAAGAAUAAUUAUUUAAGUAAUCGGCGAUAUCGCUCGCAAAAAGAAAGUUCGAGAAUUAAAAUCUUUAGUCAACAGUAAUAUACAAUAUUCUCCCAAGUUUUGACCGUAAAAAGAGCAAAGAUUAAUAAAGCCUGUAAAGUGUUCGCUGUUGAGCAGCGUCGCACAAAUGGAGCGCAAAGUUAAAGAAAGAAACGGUACAUAACAAUACCAUAGAGUCUAUAUCACGCAUACACAUACAGCAUAAUAUAUCUUGCUAGCAUAACAUUGUUCAUAUAGAGAGAGGGAGAGAGUGCGAGGAGCAUGCAUGUGUGCGCGUACGUAGAAGAAAGAAAGAGAGAGAGAGAGAGAGAGAGAGACUAGAGCAAAGGCGAGAAAAUUAGGGAGUCAAAGGUUGAAGAGGAUCUACACCGCAGCAGGAUAACGCGUCUUGGAAUUCUAUAUAUUAAUAUUUUUACUAAUACAGAUCAUAAAAAUGUUUAGGACGUCCCUAAAAAAAGGAGUAAAGGACUAGAAAAAUGAAAUUAUUUUCGCGAGAAAUAUAUUUUUUACGCAAUAUAACAUGUUAAAUGUUAUAAAACAGAAACUGUUUAAUAUGCAUUACUUUUUUUACGAAAAUACAAUGUUCAUAAAAUAAGUAAUGCAGAAAGCACAGAAGAAUAUUUAUGUCGUAUAUUAGUAUUGUUCUUUUUUACACAUACACACAUCGUUCAUGCUAAAAUUUUAACAAAAAAAUAUGUUCUUAAAAUAUAUAAAAAAAGAAAUAUAUGUAUAUAUGUGGGACGUCCUACAAAAAUAUGCGAGGAAUUAUAAUGAUAUUCAUGAAGAAUACUGAUGUCUUUUUUAUGGGGCAACUGAUAUAAGACACUCUGAUUAUUCUCAAACAGAAAUAUGGGAAUACAUAAUAUUUUUUUUAUUAAGGAAAAGAUAUAUAUAUGUAUAUAUAUAUUUUAAGUAAAUAGAGUAAACCAAUUUUAAAUUCGUUUAUUGAGUCGAAAAUUGUACAGUGAACAUAUUGUAAUUUAUAGUUUAUUACGUUUUGUUCGUGCACGCGCGUGUGUGUGUAUGUAUGAUUAUUUAUUCUGUAUGCUAUUAUCUGAAAAAAAACUGUCAAUUUAAAAAAAAUUAAGAAUCUGAGAAUCAACGAAUUCAAGAAAUUAAAAAUUCCACAAUUAUUUUGAAUGUUAUUUAUUAUUUACGCUACAAUUUUCGAUCGAAUAAAUCGAAAUUUAAAGUCGGCUUCCUCUAUUCGUUAUAAACAAUCGAAGAUUAAAUUUUAUAAGAUAGUUAAGAAAUGACGAAUGAUACAUGAUACGCUUGAGAAAAGUCGAUCACCUUUCAUUCCAAAUUGAUGGAAAUAACGAAAGCAAUCGAAUGAGAGAAACUGAUGUGGCGAUCGAUUAUUUAGAAAUACAAUAAAAUAAGAAAUACAGUAAAACAGAAGUGAUGAAAUUUGUUGUGACUUGAAUUAAUUCUCGAGCGGUUGCAUUUUUAAAAUAAUAAUUAGAUAUCCAUAAAAUACUUGUUUAUUAUUAUCAUUAGUAAAAUGUUUCGCAUUUAUUAUUAUGUUCUCAAAGAUCUCUUGUACAUAUUUUUCAUAGUUUAAAAAUUGAAACAGUAUUAGAAGAUACAUUAAUUGCAAAAAAAAAUAAUCGUUAAAAAUAGAUUUGUCUAAAUUGUUUUAUUAAAAUUUAUCAAGAUAUUUUUGUCGAGAUAUUAAUUAAUCAAUGUAUUAUAUAUGCUCCCGCUUGAGAUUUAAAUCUUCCAUAAAUCUUAUUUCUAGAUGAUUUCUAGAAGAACGCGAGGCUAGUUUGGUAGUAGGUCGUAGAUGAAUGAGCUAGGUGACCGAGUUCUAGUGCAAAGCCUUGUGCCUUCAGCAGCGGAUAUCGGCUCACCACAAACAGAAAAUAAAGAAAAAUACGUGAAAAUUAACCGUCCGUCUUAAUCUUUUAAUGAAAAAGAAGAAACACUUGCUAAAAAUAAAAAUUGUAAGUGAAAUCACGCAAGUUUGGCGCAUUGUUGUUGUAACGAUGAAGAUAGAGAAAAAAGAAAAAGAGAGAAAGAGUGAGUGAGUGAAAGGUAAAAGGCAAGAUAGGUGGGAGACAUAAAGAAUAGACUGCGAAAGUAAAUUAUUAAGAAUGGCUAUAGUUGAUAGAACAUUUUGAAAAAAUAAUUAUUAAAUGCGAGGAUUGUAAGAUGAGAGUUAAAUAAGAAUUAUGAAAGAAGUUCUUAUAGUUUGCAGAAAUCAUAACAGAAUAUAAUAACACACUUAAUCUCUAAUGAUUAGAAUUAAAGGAUGAAUACAGAUGAUGAUAAAGAAUUCUUGGAUUCUUGGAUCUUUAGAUUUUUAAGGCUUCCUCUAUUCUUAAGAGUUUGAAUUCUCGAUAUACUCGAAUUUUUAGAUUCUUGGAUUCCAAGAUUCUCGGAUUCUUAAUCCCUCGAAAAAUUAAUCCUUGAAUUCACAAACGUUUAAUUUUGUAGUCCUUUCGAUUCUUUCAAAUCUGACUUUCGUAGAUUCUUGAUAUCAUAAAGUACUUAAUCACAUACAUAUAUUAUUAUUUAUGUAGUUUUAUUCUAUAUAAAGUAAAAUUAUAUAUAUAUAUAUUUUUUUUUUUUUUCUUCUUCUUCUUCUUCUUCUUCUUCUUCUUCUUCUUCUUCUUCUUCUUCCAUGUAUAUACUAGCAAAACUUUCAUUAGAAGAGAUUGAGAAGAAAUAAAUUAAAACAAGAUAAAACUCAAGUCAAAAUUUGUCUUUUAUUAUUUAUAUUUUGAUAUCAAUUAUUUUUUAAUAAUUUAAAUAAUAUUGUAAUAAAAUUUUAAAAAUAAUUUAUUUUCCUUAUCUUACUAUUUUAAAAUAAACAUAUAAAAAUAAUGUUCAAUAUUAAAAGAAUCUAGUAGAUACAAGAAUUCAAGAAUCGAAAGAAUUGAUAUAUUUCAAGGAUCUCAAAUAAUUAUAAUUAAACUAAGUAAAAGAUUCUCAAACUCAAGAAAUCUAAGAACUUGAAAAAAAAAUUAAAUAUCCCAGGAUUUAAUAAAAUAACUUCAUCACUAAUAUAAUUAUCAAAUUUAUGAAUUUAAAGAAUGUUAACAAUCCAAGGAUAUAGGAAUCCAAGUUAUGCGACAAGUUAUAUUACAUAAAACACGUUCCAGCUAAUCUCGCUUUACUUUCCUCGAACUUAACGAUGCUUAUAAUACAUACUGCUUAGUUGCAAAAGAAAGAUUGUUAAAAUCGCGUAACACGAAACACAUUUAAUAAAGCGAUUGAAAAAAGGCAUAAGAAACGACAAAAAUGAACACGCAAUUCUACGAUCACUGCCAAGGACGUUUACCGUCUACGUCAUUCUCGUCUUGUUGAGAUGUUGUCAUCUUUUUCGAGAUUUAAGAACCGCAUGUGAGACAAAAAAAAAAGCGCGAUAAGGUGAAACACUUAAACGCCUGUCGGGCGAUUGUUCAGAAUACUGCCAAGUGUAGAAUCGAGUUUCUGUGUUUUUUUAAAAACUGUAAUACGUCAAUAUAUAUAUAUACACACAUAUACGCACGCGUAUGUGUAUAUAUAUAUAUAUAUAUAUAUAUAUAUAUAUAUAUAUAUAUGUAUGUGUGUGUGUGUGUGUGUGUAUAUAUUUAUAUAUAUAUAUAUUUGAUAUGUGGAUGUAUUCAUACAUGUAUAUACACAAAUAGGCGCUCACAUUCGUAAUCAGUUAAGAGCACUAAACAUUUUUACGCGCGUCAUAUCUCUGUGUCUGUCCAUCUUGUCUGUCGGAAAAGUUGUAUGCGAUCGAAGAUCUUGUGAUAACAACAUGCUAAGAUACUUUGAGUAGAAGUGAUAUAACAUUUCGCAAUAGGAUACAUUUAUUUAUAUUACAUUUCUUUACAAACUUAAAAAAAUUUUUUGGAAAGUUUUUUUUCGAAAAAGACAUGUAACAAAUGUAAUAUGAAAAAUGAUGACUCAAAAUUUCAUGACUUAUUAAUUUGAUUGACGCUAUAUGAUUUGGUAUGUUAUUGUCGCAGUUUCUUCGAUUUGUGAUUAGGAAAUGUAUCUAGUAUUCAAGACAUCUUAGAACCCGAGAAAUUUGAGAUCCAUGAGAGAAACUUCGGUCGCUUUUUUCGCACUACCAAAAAAAAAUCUUUGCACUUGGCAAGUGUCUGUGUCACAAAUUAUCGGCUAGCUUCCAAGGAUUAUCAUAAAAACGAAAUUCGAUGUCAGCCUUGCAAACAUCAUUUGUUGCUUGCAUAAGAAACUCUCUUACUACUAUUAUUAUUAACUAUGACAAUUACUGCUGUUACUAAUAUUAGAUUAGUUACUAAUAUUAUUACUUUAUCGCAGAUGCGCGCGGAUACUGCUAUACAUAUUAUUAUGAUUAUAAUUAUUAUUAUUAUUAUUAUUAUUAUUAUUAUUAUUAUUAUUAUUAUUAUUAUCAUUAUCAUCAUUAUUAUUAUUAUUGAGAUACUCUAUCGCUAUUACACUCUACUAUCAUAUUAUUACUCUAUUACCGCUAUACUACUAUUACUACUACUACUACUACUAUUAUUACUAAUACUUUCAUGUAAAACAUUCACGUUUAUACUACAGGGGGAACACAAUAAUACAAGUGCACGCACAUAAACAUUAAAAACGGUAUACAUGAGCGCACAGAUCUUUUAGUAUCUCGUUGAUUCUUAUUUCCUUAGAUCUCCUUAACAUCGUAAUUUCUUGAUACUAAAUCUUUCUCGAUAUCCACUGCAAAUGUCAAUGAUACUAGAAAACGCUUAAUGCCGUACACAUCCUUCGUAAAUUCCUGCUGCGGAAAAUUCAUGAUAUCUCAUAAACCUUUGAUGCAUUCUUUCAUUACACUCAGAAGUGCGUUUAUAUUUAGUAACGUUUACGAACGUUAAUUUAUGUACAGAACAUUUAAUCACACAGACAAUUGAAAAAAAAAGUUCUUCAUCGGCUUUCGCAUGAGUUCUAUUUGCAUUAGGUGCAAUUUUAGUCUCUUUAGUGAAAAGUGUAAACGGAAAGAAAAUUUAUUGAUAUGGCGAGAUUAAAAAAAAAAUGUAUGAAUUUAUGGUCGACUAUAAUUAUAAAUUGGUGCUUUGGAACGUAUUAGACUGAAUUAUUGUUGUACGUUUUUAAGAAAGAAAGAAAAAAAAAUAACGAAAUUUUUGUCCGAAUUAUUUAAUCGGCAAAUAUUAUUUCUAUUUGGAACUGUUUUACACAUACAUAUAUGUAUACAUAUAUAUGUACACACACAUACAUAUAUACAUACAUACACACGUAUAUAUAUAAAAGUGACAUGCGUAUGUGAGAGAUACAUACUCUUAUCGCGCGCGCACAUUAUUUAUACAUCCGCGUACGCGCGCGCGCGCACACACACCCACACACACACACACACACACACACACACUUCAUAUACAUGCGCGCGCGCGUAGAAUCGUGAAAUAAAUGUGUCACACACGUAAAAAAAAGAUGUGCGACGGAGAUUUCGUCAUGUUUGAACGGUUAAAAAUGAAACAUGUAGUAUGAAUUAUGAACAAUGUAUAUACACAUACUUCCAAUCGGAAAGGAAACAUAUAGAAACUGUAAAAAGAGGAUGGAAUGCAAAAAUUAUUUGAACUGUGAAAAAUCAUAGGAUUCGCAGAUCCAAGAAUCUAAGAAUACAAGGAUCCAAAAGAUUCGAGGCUCUAAUUGUUUAAAGAGUCGAGGAUUUUUAAUCCAAGGACUUAGAAAUUCAUGGACCUAAUAAGUUCGCUAAACAUAUAUACGAAUAUUUGUAUACCUAUGAAUUUUAGAAAACAAGAAUUUUAAAGAGGUCGAGAUGGAGUUUACGGAAAUUAGAAACGCAAUUAUCUAUUUAUAAAAAAAAUUUAUGACCUCUCCAUCUAAUAUUCGAAUCCAAGGAUCCAGGUAUUCAUAUAUUCUCCAUUAUAGACACGCAACGAUACAUGUGUACAUCAGUUAUAUUAUAUUCUAAUGAUUACUAAUUAAUAUAUAAUCCUACAAUAAUCUUAACAAUCAUUAACUAAAAACGAUUUAGUUAAUGAAUAUCAUUAACUAAACCUUAAGCAUAUAACAGUUGAAUGAUCUGAUUGAAGAAAGAGAAGUAGCAAUGUUGAAUGAAUGGUCGUGUGAAUGGGAGAGGAAGAAAGAGAGACGAAAGAAACACAAAAAUUACAAUUAAGUAGCGACAGAAAAUGAGAAAAACAAGAAUUAUGUGGGCGAAAGCUAAUGACAUGUUUGCCAUUUAAGUCAGUGUGUAUUUUUUUUCAGAAAAUAAAAAAUAAAAUAACGCAUACUGCGCUCUUCAUGACAUA